AUGUCUGCGGAACAGCUUGUGAGCCGACAUGUGCCACACCAAAUCCCACAUGCACCAGGCAAUGCGUCCCAAAUGUCUGUCAAUGUGAUACUGGCUAUAUUCGCUACACGGGUGCAUGUAUUCCAAAAUACGCCUGUCCCAAUCCUCGCCCCGUCGUCGUUGUCGUGCCACCGCCCGUCUACCCUGUCUACCCGGGACGAACUCUCACUUAUUAUAUACCGCCAUAUCAGCCAUACUACGGCCAACAAUUUAGAUAUUUUACGUGCUCCUCCAGCGAGUAUUAUGUGCAGUGCGUCCCUUGUGAGCCCGUCUGUAACAGUCGGUACUACUUGUGCUACUCGUACUGCGUAG